AGAAACAACUGUUGUUGAUGWUUUUUUUGAAUGUUGAAAGAUAAUUUACUAGGUAUUGGCUAACAAAGCUGGGAGCGAUUAUUAGAAUACCCAUCCAUUUUCCUAGUCUCCUCUCGCAGCCGUUAGGACGUUGCGAGAGGAGACUACCAUUUUCCAAGCAUAAGGAAAAUGACUGUUCCCAUAGUCCCGCAGUGAUCGCAAAGCAUAAUGGUCGAUAUUUCGAAAAGCAUCAUGGUCGAUAGUUUGCUAGUGAACACUUAARAACGAGAAAGCAUCAUAAUUGAGUGCUCCAGCAGUCAAGCAAUCCUGCAGUGAUCGCAAAGCACCAUGGGCGAUAGUUUACUAGUGAACUCUUAAGGUACUUGUUCUGGAUAAAGUGGGGGUCAUUUUAAAAUUAUUUUCAAAAAACCAAAGUCGUUUGUCGAAAUAAUUGUGUGAUGGAUCCAAUGUCUAUGAAAUUUCUUUCGAAAUAUGUUGCUUCAGGGGUGUCAAGUGUGAAAAUACGCAGGAAACCCAAGCCAACUUUUAGUGAAAAAUCGCGAUAUCAUGACUGUAAAAAACGCAAUAAACUUGAAACUCAGCAGUAAUAUACCAUUUAAUAUAAGCAUUAAAAAUUAGCCAGCCCGGAGAAAAAAAUUGUAUCAUUUUGGCGAAAUCGAUGUUUCGUCUUUGGAAGGCCAUGGAAGACAAACCAUAUGACGAUGAACUCCGGGCUGGCUAAUUCUCAAAGUACAACAUGUGUUAGCUCUGUUCCAAAUAUCUUUUUAAAGUCUUAAAUACAACUCAAGUUAUUCAAGGACGCGUGCUUGCUGUUGUCGAUGUGGGGUGUUUAAACCUAGUUUAAACUGAGAGAAGUCGCACACGUCUUCAGCAAUGGCGAUCAUUUUGUUCCUCGUGUUGUAUUUCAAAACAGUUGACGACUUUGUAUUGAUUUGAGGACGAAUACUAGUCGAAAACGCCAAAAAUUCAUCAGAAUCAAAUCGUUCCUGGCUUCCCGGGAAAAUCCGGACAAAUAAAUGAUGUAAUCCAUAGCAAUACUCAACUGAGCAUGAGUUUCAUGUAACACAAGCUUGUAUGUUUUGCGAUUUAAGAUGACCACUAAAUCAUUUAAAAUACUCAUUAUUUUGAUUCUAAUGAAAACUUCUAGCUACAUUGUAUGGAAAAUGUCCACUGUAUUCGAAACUGGAGAAUUCAGAGCAGCAAAAAGCAAUCUUGUAACCAAAUACUCGCGUGUUCCAGGUACUGAACGCUGGUACUUUGACCUCUAAAAUGAUCAAGCUGAGAAGCCGUUAUCUCGUGUUUCACAAACAGAGCAUCAUAUUUUCCCGCAAAUUCAUGCCUGGAUACGAAGUUCUGGGUCGUUUUUCUCAUGAAAAAACAACAUUUUGAUGAUUAAAAACAUUCCUUAGUUAUUAUGUGUACCUAAAAGAAUCUGAUUAAUGCUAAAAAAGUUGGGUAUUUUUUUGAACGUUUAUCCAGAACAAGUACCUUAAGAACGUGAAAGCAUCAUAAUUGAGUGCACCCGCAGUCACGCAUUCCAGCAGUAAUCGAAAGGCAUCAUGGGUGAUAGUUUGCUAGUGAACUCUUAAGAACGAGAAAGCAUCAUAAUUGAGUGGUCCCACAGUCCCGCAGUGAUGUCGGUUGAGCUUAGAGAGCGCAUACAUCAUGAGAAUCAGGAGAGAAAAUUUUUGAACGUUAUUGUUUAAGUGGAAGCUAUGGACUUAACAUAGGCAACAAACACUGGAGAUAUGAAGACAAGGAGUUAUUGAUUUAGUGGCUAAUGAAGGAAGGCAUGAUCGCCCAGUCGCAAAUAUGCAACUUAUGCGGAUUGGAAAUGAAGUUAUUGAAWUGUGAAGACAGAUCUGAUGGUUACAAGUGGGAGUGUAGAAAACAAUUUGAAGGAAAAAGACACAAAGUCGAGAAAUCAAUACACAAAGGAAGUUGGUUCGAUAAAAGUAACAUGACGCUUGAAGAAAUUUUGAAAUUUACGUAUUGGUGGUGUCAAGAUCUGGACCAAGCACAGAUUAGACAUGAACUUGGAAUUUCAAGCAACGCAGCUGUAGACUGGGACAUGUUUUGUCGUGAGACAUGCGAAGUAACACUCGAGAACCGAAGUAGUUCAAAUUGACGAAAGUAAAUUUGGGAAGCCGGAAAGUAACAUCAAGGACAUAGAGUAGAAGGACAGUGGGUGUUUGGUGGCAUCGAGAAUGAAAGUAGAAAGUGCUUUGUGGUUGCAGUUGAAAAAAGAGACGAAUAGACUUUGUUAGCAAUCAUUAAGAAAUGGAUAGAGACAGGAACACUGAUUAUUUCAGACUGUUGGAAAGCCUAUAUUAAUUUAGAAAAACAUUGCUAUAAGCAUAGUACAGUAAACCACUCAAAAGAGUUUGUAAAUGAAGCAGGAGAACACGCGAACAAGAUCGAGGGCCAUUGGAGGCAAAUGAAGGCAAAACUGCCUUCCUUUGGAGUAAAAAAGGCUCUGUUUUCUUCGCACCUCGGAGAAUUCAUGUGGAGAUACAUGCACAAAGGAGAGGAUUUGUUUUGUUGUUUUUUAAAUAAUGUAAAGAACUUAUAUUACUGUAAAUAAGCAAUCAGUGAGUGCAGUUUGAAAUGAUAUUUUAUUGUAAAUAAAACGAUUGUAUGUAAUAGGCGAAUUAUGCAAAAGGUAUGUGUUUUGAUAAAMGUUUGUAUACACUAAUUGUUAUUCGUAAUGAAAGUGCUAACGACUGCAUGGUUUGCGAGCGUGCAAAUAUAAUGUUAAUAUGAAUGCUAUUUUUAUCAGGAAUAAUAAAAGGUAUAUUGAAUGGUAUAUUUAUUUUUAAUGGGUUCCUGUGUAGCACUGUGUGACUACGUGACUGCAGGAUCACCAAAAUAAUAAGCCGAUUGCGAACACCUGCCGUCAUGCUUGUUUGAUUGUACAAAUUGACAACAGGACCACAAUUCAAUGCAGGCACUGUGUGACUACGGACUGCAGGAGCAGUGAUUAUAAGACUCUGUUCGUGUGGACAGGUAUUCUAUAGUCUAGCCCAAAGCUGACCCCUCGAUUAACUAUGGGCAAGAUAACGCAGAGAUUGUGAGAGCUGCUUUUSCAAGAUGGUCAGAUGUAUUUUGAGCAUUAUAUUAACAAAUUAGAUAAGUUAUUUAUUAACAUGUAAAUAGGUGAUCAUAAAAAAAUCAUAAA